UAUAAAACCGAUCUGGUAGACUGGUGCCAGCCAGUCCAAAGGCCAGAUGCGGCGGCGGCUCUAGUCGCACGCGUGCGAGAGAGACGAUCACGAUAAUCGGCGUGCGGUACUCCUUCUUAACAGAACGCGAAACGCGUGUCACGUAACGUACACACAUGUUACAUGCGACAGUGACCAGCGCACUACCGGUCGUCGUCCCUCGGUAGUGAUUCCGUGCAGGAUUUUCGCGAAGGGGUCUUCGAAAGCGAGUCUCCGGUACCUGUGCACAUCCAAAGGGAAAUUAAGUUGACGAGACGACGAGGCAUUGUCCUGCUCCAAAGGGAGAGAAAGGACAGCGAGCUCCGAUUCGGCUCUGUCUUCGGAAAAAAAAAACAUUCCCUGGGAUAUAUGCGCUUCGUAGCGAUCUCUCGCUCCUAAGUACGAAGAGAGGGCGAAGAUCUCGAGUUAAACGCCGAUAGUCACGCACGGAGCACCCGCGCGAAAAAUCAAUUCGUUCUCCGAGGGUGACCGACAGUGGGGUUUCUUGUGAAAUCCGUGGAUUAAUACAAGGAGGAUCACCAGCCGGCGCGCCAAGGAGUGGUGAUCUCGGUCGAGGAACGAUUUCCGAAUAACACUGAUGAGGAUCCAGGAAGCAUCAUCGACUUUCGACGGCAAUCUACAAGAGAGUAUUCUAUCAGGGUGGCUUCGCGAGGGAUCGACGCCUCGUAGCAUGUCGGCUAUUCGUAUCAACGUGGAGGAGGCUUCCAACGACGGCGAGGAUAUCGUUAGAGACAUCGAGACGACGGCGGUGGCAACAACAACGGCGGUAGCUGCCGCCAACCCGCUUUCCUGGCACAUCCCAAGGCCGUCCUUGGUCGGACGCAGCGAGAGGGACAGCGAAAAUGGAAGCUGGGCUCAUCACUUGCAUCCGAACUCCCCCUCGAGAGGGUCAACGUCGUCUCAAGGAUCCACCGCCAGUACACACAGCGCCGCGUCGGGAACGUUGCUACUCACGGCCGCGAAUCUGGCGAACCUCGCCGCCAUACAUCCGCCCACGGUGACGGCGCCUAAGCAGAUGGACACCGCCUCGGUCGCCAGCAGCACCCACUUCACGGUCGUGAACGGUCUCGGCAGACCGGCCACCGUCUACAGGAAGUCCUGGUGCGCGCGAAAUCAGCUCACCGUUCUCGUGUGCACCAUGAGUUUUCUAUUCAUGGUCGGUCUGCUCGCCGGGAUCCUUUACAUGGAAAUGAGGGCUCGCGACAAGUACAACUAGGCCGAGGGUGAGCGAGGGGAGCAGAAACGGCGGCGACACGUGACCGUGAAUGAUGAUCGUCGCGAUAGAUACGGGCGGCGAAGAAAAUGACUACUAUGGAGCGAACGGAGUCGGGAAAAUUGUUUCCACACACGCAGACGAAAAGAGAAUGAGGGAGAGAAAGAGAGAGAGAGAGAAAGAAAGGAAACGCGCACGAUCCAGUCACGAUAUCAAUUUGACUUACUCAUAUUUAUACAUAUAUGUACAUCUGUGUAAGCCGUUUAGCAGCCGCUCUCGGUGUCAGUGGACGUUCCCGACAGCGGCGGUUAGAAUCUUAAGUGUCUAUUGUAUUGCACCGCGACAAAAGUGUGGUACGUGAAAACCAGUAAUUACAUUUGUGUAAUGAGCGACGUACUGUUAAGGGAUCGACGAGAUCCCUCGCGAUGGGAUAGCCUUGCGUAUUUAUGCCGGAUCUUUAACGGACUCGCCGGAUCGUGUCGCGAGACGCGAUUCGGCGGAUAACGUAAUACUUUAAUGUUAAUUAAUUAACUUCUUACCGCGUAUAGCGCGUGUCAUGUAGAGCAGAAGCGAAACUUUCUCUAAAAAUUUCUUCACUGUUUCACGCGUGAUUAUAAUAUCUCUCUGCACGCCGUAUCUUUUCGCGUAGAAAGAUAUAUGUAUGUGGUAAGGAGUUACGGACGAUGGUGACACACGACGUGGUCCGCGAUUGCUCCAAAUAAUAAACGUUUGCUUCUCGCGUAGCGACGCUUCUCCCCGCUUGAGUUCUCAACCGAUUUAUCGUAUCAUUGUAAAUCGCGUCGACAUUAACGAGAGCCGAUGAGAGAGAGGAGGAGGUAUAUUAUAAUUAAAGUAUCACUCAAGUGUCACUAAUCCUAGUCGUCCAAUGAAAUCUCGAAUCACGAUAGUAUUUUUUCAACAAUAAUUACCGACGGUCCCGACGGACAGUUUGAAGCAAUCGGCGAGAGAUGAUGGGACCAAGAUAGCAAAUAUCUACUUAGGGCCUGUAAUUUAAUUUUUACUAACAAGCUACCUUAAUCACACCUGGAUUUCCAUCAAAUUGUUAUUCCGGAAGCAAAUGUAAACGGAAGAGCAAUGAAGGGCGGUCGCGUCGAUCGCUUUUCGCGUCUGUGAUAUUACUUGCGUAUUAAUCGUCGGUUUAACAAGAAACUGUCAAACAUA